AAACGGCGCGCCACCCCCCCCCCCCCCACCCCCGCGCGCGCGUGUUGCCCCGCUUGCUGGCGCCUGGCGACUGUUUGGUUUGCUCCGUUGCCUCGGCUCAGCUACCCUGAGACAGAGAGCGCGCGCGAGCUAGUUGGCGGAGAUCGACCCCGGUGCCCGCGCGCCGCCGUGUCUCGGUGAGACGGUGGCUGGCCCCGUCGCUGCCGGAAACGGCUGGAGAAUUUAAGGCUAUAAAAAGGGGUGGCAUCCAUAGCUGAAGGGACACACCUAGAAAAUUUAAUAGAACUUUACAAAUUGAGUGUUAUAGUGAGAUGGCAUCGGAGAUGAGCAAGAACGUGAAGGUCACCGAUGAUCAAGAGGUUACAUCACAGGAGCGUGACCAAAGUGGUGGUACAAAAGUAGGUGGGGAGGAGGAAAUUGCUCCACUGGCGCGGCAGUCGUCAAUCCUCUCCCUCACCUUGGAAGAGCUACAAAACUCCUUGUGUGAGCCAGGACGCAACUUUGGUUCCAUGAACAUGGACGAGUUUGUGGCUAACAUAUGGAAUGCUGAAGAAUUCCAGGCUACCACCGGAGGUUGCAAGGGUGCCAUGGAGGAAGCCAAGGUGGUAGACAGUGGAAGCGGAAGCGGUGAUGCAGGAGGAAGCGGUUUAUGUCGGCAGGGAUCAUUUUCCUUGCCGCUACCGCUGUGCCAGAAGACGGUGGAGGAGGUGUGGACUGAGAUCAACCAAGCCCCUGCACACACCUCCGCUCCGGCCUCCGCGCUCCAGCCACAUGCCGGGAGCGGUGGUGUUGCAGCUAACGACCGACAGGUAACACUAGGUGAGAUGACACUUGAGGAUUUCUUGGUAAAGGCCGGGGUGGUCCGAGGGUCCUUUACCGGGCAAGCGGCCAUGGGAUCUGGCAUGGUCAACGGGCCGGUGAACCCCAUGCAGCAGGGCCAAGGCGGUCCUAUGAUGUUCCCAGUAGGACCGGUAAACGCCAUGUAUCCGGUGAUGGGUGAUGGCAUGGGGUACCCCGGUGGGUACAACGGGAUGGCGAUUGUGCCACCGCCACCUCCCGCCCAAGGUGCCAUGGUUGUCGUGAGUCCUGGAUCAUCAGAUGGGAUGAGUGCCAUGACACAUGCUGAUAUGAUGAAUUGUAUUGGGAAUGGGAUGAUGAUUGAGAAUGGAACAAGAAAGCGUCCCCACAGAGAGGAUGGCUGCGCCGAGAAGACGGUGGAGCGCCGCCAACGGCGCAUGAUCAAGAACCGUGAGUCAGCUGCACGGUCCCGUGCUAGAAAGCAGGCUUAUACGGUGGAGCUCGAAGCUGAACUGAACUAUCUCAAGCAGGAGAACGCUCGUCUCAAAGAGGCAGAGAAGACGGUUCUACUGACAAAGAAGCAAAUGCUGGUUGAGAAAAUGAUGGAGCAGUCCAAGGAGAAGAUGAAUGCAAAUAGGGGUGGCAGCCAGCUGCGCCGCAGCGGCAGCUGCAUGUGGUGAAACGGGCAUAGCGGUGACCGGCGAGUGGCACACUCAUCCUGCUUCUGGUGUGGCACUAGCCUCUGAGGCUCUGAAGAGGAUUUGCACAUUAAGUCUUCUUUCAGACUAAGUGAUGUGAAGGUAUUAUGGUAGUAGUUGAUAUACAUAUAUGCUGUGAUGCUUGUAAACCUGCCUGGACCCACAUGUCUUGCCAUCGUGUUCACCGGUCCUUGCUGCUUAUAUGGUUACAUGUCGCUGUUUGUACAAAACAACGAUGAAUAAAAUUAUACAAUAGUAUACUAGUUUGUAUCUGUAA